AUGUCAAAACAAAUAUACAGAAUUGAUGAAUCCAUCAUCAAUAUUAUAGAAGAACUACCAAUCGAUUACGAAAUAGACACAGACAUUGAAUCCGAUGAGGAAGAUUUGAUAGUUACCAGCAGUGCUAAACAGGAUGCAGAUGAUAUUUGCACUUUUGAUGCAGUAAUUGAGGAGGAAAUUCUUCGACAACAAGAAGAAGAGGACGAGGAAGAAGGAAAUAAAAAUGAAGAACAUGAAACUAUUAUUAAUCCACAACCAUCGACUUCAGCAGCAGCUCUUGUAACACACAGGCCAGCAUCAGCCUCAGACAUAUCCAGUACCGGUAAGAGAAAAACUAAAAAUCAGAAAAAAACGAGCCAACCAGAAAGAACAUGGGAGAAAGUUGACUUGACCACUAAAAUAACUGAUUAUGAAUUGCCAGAGGGUCCUGUAGAGGGAAUGUUUGUGAACUGUGCUUGUUCAACUGACUAUUUCUUGAAGUUUAUUCAAAAUACUUUAGAGAACAUUUGCUUCCAAUCCAACCUUUAUGCUGUUCAGAGAAACAAGGUCCUCAAUUUGAAAGAAGAAGAGCUGUUGACCUUCAUUGGAAUAAACUUUUUGAUGGGAUACCAUGUUCUUCCUAGUUGGAAGGACUAUUGGAGUGGGAGUGAUGAUUUGGGAGUGGAGAUAGUGAAAAAAACAAUGCCUAGAAACCGAUUCGAAUUGAUCCUUGGUAAUUUACAUAUUGUUGACAACACAACCAUCGAUAAAGAGUGUAGAGAUCGGCUAGCUAAAGUUCGGCCCUUCUUGGAUACAAUUGAGAGCAAUUUUGAUGACUUUUAUCAUGGAACGAGAGAAUUGGCUGUGGAUGAAUCAAUGAUACGCUUCAAAGGGAGAUCCAGUAUGAAGCAGUACAACCCAAUGAAGCCGAUAAAACGUGGAUACAAAUUAUGGUGUUUGGCAGAUCAAAGAGGGUACAUCAAAAGAUUCACUGUUUAUCAAGGGCGAGACGAAGUGGUGGAAGAAGAAUUUGAAGGGUUUGGGUUAGGAGAACGAGUGGUCUUGUCACUGACAAAAAAAGAAUGGGGUGAGAGCAGAGUAGUUUAUUUUGACAAUUUUUUCACCUCAGUGAAACUACUAGAAAAAUUGAAAAGUGAGAAGACUCUUGCUUGUGGGACAGUCAGAAUCACAAGACAAGGAACCCCAAAAAACUUCAUGUCUGACAAAGAAAUGAAAAGAGGAGAUUUUGAUCAUCGGAGCACCUGCACUGGAAUCAGUUUCUUCAAAUGGAUGGAUAAGAAGGCUGUUUUCUUUUCAUCAAAUUUCCAUGGAAGCGAGUCAACAGAAGUGAGGAGGAAAGAUGGAAGAGGGGAAGUACACGACGUGAAUUGUCCAGUUGUAGUGAAGGACUAUAAUAAGUACAUGGGGGUGUGGACCAUGCGGAUCAGCUAA